AUGUUGUUCAAUUUAGGUCUUAUGGACGCAUCUGACAGGGAUAGUCCUUCAGAGGAAGUCUCCAUCUCCUCUUUUCAUUCUGAAUAUCCUCCACUCAACACCUGGACAGAUGAGGAUACAGGAGGUAGCUAGGUCUAACAUUUGUUUAGCCAUUUGUUGUUGUUGUUCUGUAUCUAUGUGUCUUGUAGGGCCUUAAUCACACAUUCAUGUAAAUGCAAACAUACAGUAGCCUAGCUAGUUAGCCAUUAUAAAGUUGUAUUCCCACAAAUUCAGAUGAAGGCACAGGAGAGGAGACCUUCAGAGAGGACCCAGCACAACCAACGGAUGCAACAGAGUUUUCUUUAGAGUUAGAUGCUACUAACUGGUGGGUGUCUCUGCUGCUUUGAGGACAGAUUAUUUGAUUGAAAAAUGUGGUUUCAUUCAGCUUUAAAUAUUCAUCUUUAUUAAGCAACAUACUAAUUUUGGCUUUUGGCUUAUAAAUAACUUUUUACUUAUAAUAAUAUUUUGUCUAGGAUUAUCUAACCUCAUCCCAAGACUAUUGUGCAAGUGUCUGGGAAUGAGAUUAUGGAUUAUAAAUACAUUAUUUUACAUUAAUAGUGGUGUGCCUUAUAUUGUUAGAUUACUCCAUGUUAUUACUAGUGAUAAAUUCUUGACCAUUCACCAAACCUAGGCCAAUGUCUCUUGUAUCUGCAAAGGGCGGAUAAUGAUGACGACCUUGCAGAGGAUGGUGGACGUAGCGGAAAGAAGAGUUAUGCAGAGACAGCACGGAUGUUCAAGCUGAGAAGAAACCUGGACCAGCUGGACUGCUUCCACCGACAGAAGGAGCACAAUGUGCUGGAAGCCAGGUCUGUGUUUGCGUCCCAAAUACUUCUGUAGUGCACUAUAAAGGAAAUAGAGUUUUAUUUGGGACGCAGCCUGUGUUUGGCAAGGAUCAGACCUUUAUAUGCCACCUUAACACAAAUCAAAGAUUUUCUCUGCCCAAAUACAUUCCAAUGCCCCAUUUUUAGGCCUGCCCUAAACCAAGGAACAGUUUCUGUAAUUCAUUGAUUUGGCUAUUAGAAGAAACAUAAUUUCAGCCAAAGAGGACACAUUUCUGAUAAUGUGUCCACAUUUGUUGUUGAUUUGUGCAACAGCAAGCCAUUAAGCACCCAAUGAGCUGCGAUGCAGACCUUUAGCACAAACAUAAAUGGUGGUCAUUCUGUGCUGACACAAAACAACACACUGCAGUAGCAAUCUUUUUUGUGGCCAGGGCCAUAUUGGAAUAGCAGCAUAAAAGCACUCUUAAGCACUUGGCUUUUAGCCAAUAUACAGAUGGCCUGAACCAUAAUGAUCCAUCAUUAUUUGCUUCAGCUCUUUAGCCCAGUCACAGAUUGUUAUGUUGCACUUCAUUAGAAUGCAAAGAGAACAUUGGGCCAUUCAAAGCUGUUGGGUGCAUUGCAAUCUCACAGCUGUCCCUGCUUCAGCACACCUUCAUGACUUCUUUGUCAGCACAACAAAUAGCACCUUUCUUUAUGGAACCACCUCCAGUCACAGAAUGGCCGUUCAUUCAUUUUUACGUCCACAUCCAACCUAUUACCUUGCUAACAGUCUCUGAAUGGUCUUGUGACUGUCAUAAUGAGAGCUUUUCACAUUGUGGUUUGUUGUUGUUGUUGUAGAUUUAGUGCAGUGUUUUGCCUUUACUUCUUGGUUUCCAGGGAGGAGCUCAAAGUUUGCCGUCUGCAUAUUUCUGAGCUGGAGAGGCAGAGAGAAAGAGUGGAAGAGGAGAUAGAGCAACAGAAAGAGGAAGACAACAGGUAGGCACAAACAAAGCAAACCCAGAUAUAGCCAGGUCAGGGGGCGUAUGUACUGUAUGAAGUGACUCAGAGUAGGAGUAAUGAUCUAGGAUCAGAUCCCCCCCUGUCCAUGUAACCUUAUUCAUUGUGAUCUGGUCCUAAGUCAGCACUCCUACUCUGAGACGCUUGAUACAUAUUGCCCCAGGUGAUGACCUCUUUAACCCCAUGUGAAUUAAGUUAGUGGGAUUGUUUUUGACUUGAUCCAAACCAAACAAUUAGAUGAUAAUGAUUUUAUUUUAUACAACACUUAGCAACAAAUACAAUGUCCCUUAGCACCCAUGUGUUUUCUUGCAGUGUGGCCGUGUUUCGCCUCCGAGCCCAGCACAAGCGCCUAUGUCAGGAGUUACAGCGAGAGGAGGAGCUGGAGUCACAUGUGGCCAACACUCUGAGGGAACAUGAGUGAGUCUGCACUACUGCAGCAUGAUUUAGGCCCCAUUACAAGGCUCCAAAGUGACUGCCAAGUUUAUCUAUCUUAAAGAGAUAUUCACCCUUUGAGUGCUAUUCCAGUUGGGCAAAUAGAUACAAUACUUCCGCUACUUGCAAUUAUAUAUAUUGUUCUUCAAACAUAUGUUUAUUGUUGCAUCCAAGAUGCUUUUUCAAGAUACAUUUGAUUCAAAUGCCACAAGCUCCCAUUAGAACAAACCAUUUUCCUUGUAGACUUUUCCUAGCUGAAAUCUCAUAGUGCUGCACAUUGACAACUAGCUUUAGCACCACUCUCAUCCUUGACCUUCCCUGCCCCCCCCCCCCCCCCCCCCCCCCCCCCCCCUCUCUCUCUCUCUCUCUCUCUCCUUUCUCCCCCCAUCUCCCUCCGUCCAACCACUCCCCCUUUCUCUGCAGACUGGAGCUGUGUCAGGUGGAGGUGGAAUUGGGUCGUUUCUCCCUCCUCCGUGUGAAGGUGCAGGAGGAGGAGCAGGCCUACCAGGUGCUGCAGGCCCAGAGAGGGGAGGCCAGGCUACAGAAGGAGGACACCUCCACCCAGAGCCUGCAGCUCCGGAAACAGUGCCUCAAAGCGUAAAGCAGCUCACUCCUUUUGAUUUGUUAGUUUUUUUGUGAGCAACAUAACUUUAUUGCACACAAACUAGACAGUACUAAUGUCACAUACAAAGUAAUCUCAGCACCCAAAACUUUGUACACACAGGUACAAACACACACAUACAAACACACAUAACAUACACACUAUACACACACGUACACCUGGAUUGUGUGUUGUAGUGGCCGGAGGGCACACCGUUAAUGUAUUGUGAAAUCUGUUGUAAAAUGUAUUUUAAUGUUUAAAUGUUGUAUUAUAAUGUAUUACUGCCUUAAUUUUUGCUGGACCCCAGUAAGACUACCUGCUGCAGGGCAGCAGCUAACGGGGAUCCAUAAUAAAUACAAAUACAAAAUAUCACAUGUGCACAUUUCUAUUGUUAUGUCUGUCACGAAAGACUACAUACAAAGUGCCAUACAUGGUAAUUAUGAUAACAUUUUCCAUAAUAUUGUCAUGACCCAGGUUAAUCUGUCUGUAUAGACAUACAAAAAAAUACUACACAGUAGCCUAGCCUAUUGUUACUGAGAUAAUUGAAUUGUCAUUAGUAAAGAUUCUUUCCAUUUGAGCGUGAUGUUGUUUGUCUUUUAACAGGAGGCAGGCGGCCAUACAGAGGGAGGAGGAGACUCACUGUCAGAGGACCACAGAGCUGGCCCAGGCUAGCCACCAGAAAGCAGCACUGUAUCUAAAAGAGACUAUCAACAGGUAACGGCUGUGUUCAACCUAUCAACAGGUAACAGCUGUGUUCAACCUAUCAACAGCUAAUACACAUAUAACAUGAGCAUAUAGAAUGUAUUGAACUUAGCUAUGAACUCGUAGAGUUGAUAACCAGCUAUCCCAUAGCAGUUUAUAAUUAACAUCAUAACAAAUGAAUGUAUGCACCCUCCUUCACUCUUGAAUGAUAGCUACGUCCCUCUUGUGUCCAGGAUGCAUCGGGAAGAGGCAGAGAAGGAGCAGCAGAGUCGAGGGCUGAGGCAGAAAAGGAUGCAGGCAGUCCUGUCAUUGAAGGCCAACAUUGCAGCCACCCAAGUAAGCAGUGCACACUUUUUUGAGUGUGAACAUGAAAUUCCGCGACCCAAGGCUAUUGUUUAGGCAUUGAGUAGAGUUAAGAUAAGAGCGUUGGUCCUCGGCUCCUAGCUCGUGUUUCUGAGGGUCCAGCCAAAUGGAAAAUAGCAAUGGGCAUCGUCACAUUGUCAUUACAUUUACAUUUUAGUCAUUUAGCAGACGCUCUUAUCCAGAGCGACUUACAUGAGCAAUUAGGGUUAAGUGCCUUGCUUAAGGGCACAUCGACAGAUUUUUCACCUAGUCGGCCCGUGGAUUAGAACCAGCGACCUUUCGGUUACUGGCACAACGCUCUUACCCACUAAGCUACCUGCCGCCCCAUGAACACAAGGUGACACAAUUUAUUUUGCCUUCCAAUGGACGGACAAAUGUUCUGAUUUACUAUAUUAAGCUGGGAAUACACUUUGGACCUCUUUGUACGAUUUAGUAGUUUAAUAAUCUUGACCAAUUGCUGCUGUAUUAGUAGAGUGAACACAGUGUGAUGGAAGCCCUCACUGCACGAUUGAAUUUCUAAUUGAUUACUACAAUCAUUGCAUCAUUGUUUUGAAAUCACACAGUAUAUUCCCUGCUUAAAGAAGCAUCAGUAUUAUUCUUACUGAAAGCCUAGUUUGUGUUUUGUUCUCUCGACAGUUGUCCUCAUGAACAAAGGGGAAGUAUCAUUCCUCCUUGACCUUGUUCACUCUACAUUUGUGUUGUUUCCAGGAGAGCCUGCGAGCCCAACAGACGAGGGCCAAAGCCCAGGCUCGGAGACAAGAGGAGGAGGAGAGACAGCUAAGAGAGUCCCUACAGACACAGGGUACCAACAGCACCAAGCACAUGUACCAACAGAAAAAGCUCCAGGACUUCCACCGAAAGAAAGAGUGUGUUCGUCUGAUCAAUCUGCUUCUCUCUCCCCCUUAAUGCAUGGGUGUUUCCUUCUCACAAUAACGCGCCAAGGAGAAAUAUGAUCCUAAUUUGCUCACAAUGGCUUGUUGUUGUUGUUGUGGUCGUUUUUCAGAGAAUUUGAGGAAAAGCAGAAAUCCAAACGGGUGGAAAUCGUCUCAAAGUUACUGCUGGAAGAGGAGUUGUUAGAGAGACGCAAGAGGCGCCAUGCUCUGCUGUUCCCUCCCACCCAAGUGAGCCUUGUAGAGAGGUUGGCAGGGCAGGGGAGAUCUCCAGAGAAGGUCCUUCAGAGCCUUGAUCCACAGCCGGCAGAAACAAAGGCAGAGAAAAGAAAACGAGUGAGCGGAAAUUAAAAAAAUCAGACUGCUGAAACAAGAGUCUAAUAAAGAAAAUGGUACACAUGACAUGAAAACUCUGGUUGGUGUGUGUUUUCCCCAUGAUUAAAGGAGCAUCCAACCACCUCCUCACGGCCUUCCCAGCAGGACACAGUGUUUAGUGACAGCAGCUCUUCAUCAGAGCUGUCUGACCAGGAGGAGAGCAGGGACCUGGAGGAGGAGCAGGGCCUCACGGACAGCCUGGCGCAGCCUGAGUUCACUGGCCUGUGGGACCAGAAACGUCAAGUUCACCAGGUACCAUUUUAAUAACACACAUCAUCAUCAACACACUUAUCAUUGUAUCAACUCACAAAUACAAUCAUAUUCAGAUUAGACACAAUGCUCAACUCCAUUCCCUUUUUGUGUUCCAUCUCAAAAUACAGUGCCUUGCAAAAGUAUUCAUCCCCCUUGGCGUUUUUCCUAUUUUGUUGCAUUACAACCUGUAAUUUAAAUGGAUUUUUAUUUGGAUUUCAUGUAAUGGACAUCCACAAAAUAGUCCAAAUUGGUGAAGUGAAAUUAAAAAAAUAACUUGUUAAAAAAGAUUAUACUAAAUAAAUAGCGGAAAAUUGGUGCGUGCAUAUGUAUUCACCCCCUUUGCUAUGAAGCCCCUAAAUAAGAUCUGGUGCAACCAAUUACCUUCAGAAGUCACAUAAUUAGUUAAAUAAAGUCCACCUGUGUGCAAUCUAAGUGUCACAUUAUCUGUCACAUGAUCUCAGUAUAUAUACACCUGUUCUGAAAGGCCCCAGAGUCUGCAACACCACUAAGCAAGGGGCACCACCAAGCAAGCGGCACCAUGAAGACCAAGGAGCUCUCCAAACAGGUCAGGGACCAUGUUGUGGAGAAGUACAGAUCAGGGUUGGGUUAUAAAACAAUAUCCAAAACUUUGAACAUCCCACGGAGCACCAUUAAAUCCAUUAUAAAAAAAUGGAAAGAAUAUGGCACCACAACAAACCUGCCAAGAGAGGGCCGCCCACCAAAACUCACGGACCAGGCAAGGAGGGCAUUAAUCAGAGAGGCAACAAAGAGACCAAAGAUAACCCUGAAGGAGCUGCAAAGCUCCACAGCGGAGAUUGGAGUAUCUGUACAUAGGACCACUUUAAGCUGUACACUCCACAGAGCUGGGCUUUACGGAAGAGUGGCCAGAAAAAAGCCAUUGCUUAAAGAAAAAAAUAAGCAAACACGUUUGGUGUUCGCCAAAAGGCAUGUGGGAUACUCCCGAAACAUAUGGAAGAAGGUACACUGGUCUGAUUAGACUGAAAUUGAGCUUUUUGGCCAUCAAGGAAAACGCUAUGUCUGGCGCAAACCCAACACCUCUCAUCACCCCGAGAACACCAUCCCCACAGUGAAGCAUGGUGGUGGCAGCAUCAUGCUGUGGGGAUGUUUUUCAUCGGCAGGGACCGGGAAACUGGUUAGAAUUGAAGGAAUGAAGGACAGCGCUAAAUACAGGGAUAUUCUUGAGGGAAACCUGUUUCAGUCUUCCAGACAUUUGAGACUGGGAUGGAGGUUCUCCUUCCAGCAGGACAAUGACCCUAAGAAUACUGCUAAAACAACACUCGAGUGGUUUAAGAGGAAACAUUUAAAUGUCUUGGAAUGGCCUAGUCAAAGCACAGACCUCAAUCCAAUUGAGGAUCUGUGGUAUGACUUAAAGAUUGCUGUACACAAGCGGAACCCAUCCAACUUGAAGGAGCUGGAGCAGUUAUGCCUUGAAGAAUGGGCAAAAAUCCCAGUGGCUAGAUGUGCCAAGCUUAUAGAGACAUGCCCCAAGAGACUUGCAGCUGUAAUUGCUGCAAAAGAAGGCUCUACAAAGUAUUGAUUUUGGGGGGUUGAAUAGUUAUGCACGCUCAAGUUUUCAGUUUGUUUGUCUUAUUUCUUGUUUGUUUCACAAAAAAAGAAAUGUUGCAUCUUCAAAGUGGUAGGCAUGUUGUGUAAAUCAAAUUAUACAGACCCCAAAAAAAUCCAUUUUAAUUCCAUGUUGAAAGGCAACAAAAUAGGAAAAAUGCCAAGGGGGGUAAAUAAUUUCGCAAGCCACUGUAAAUGUAUAUCCAUAAGUGUAAUAAACAUAAGUAAUUUGUUCUAUAGUGUAGUCAAACAAGCCUUAUUGGCUUAUGGUAAAUCUGAAAACACAAUUGACCAUUGAGAACUAUGAAAUACAGUGAGGGAAAAAAGUAUUUGAUCCCCUGCUGAUUUUGUACGUUUUCCCACUGACAAAGACAUGAUCAGUCUAUAAUUUUAAUGGUAGGUUUAUUUGAACAGUGAGAGACAGAAUAACAACAAAAAAAUCCAGAAAAACGCAUGUCAAAAAUGUUAUAAAUUGAUUUGCAUUUUAAUGAGGGAAAUAAGUAUUUGACCCCUCUGAAAAACAUGACUUAGUACUUGAUGGCAAAACCCUUGUUGGCAAUCACAGAGGUCAGACGUUUCUUGUAGUUGGCCACCAGGUUUGCACACAUCUCAGGAGGGAUUUUGUCCCACUCCUCUUUGCAGAUUUUCUCCAAGUCAUUAAGGUUUCAAGGCUGACGUUUGGCAACUCGAACCUUCAGCUCCCUCCACAGAUUUUCUAUGGGAUUAAGGUCUGGAGACUGGCUAGGACACUCCAGGACCUUAAUUUGCCUCUUCUUGAGCCACUCCUUUGUUGCCUUGGCCAUGUGUUUUUGGUCAUUGUCAUGCUGGAAUACCCAUCCACGACCCAUUUUCAAUGCCCUGGCUGAGGGAAGGAGGUUCUCACCCAAGAUUUGAUGGUACAUGGCCCCGUCCAUCGUCCCUUUGAUGCGGUGAAGUUGUCCUGUCCCCUUAGCAGAAAAACACCCCCAAAGCAUAAUGUUUCCACCUCCAUGUUUGACGGUGGGGAUGGUGUUCUUGGGGUCAUAGGCAGCAUUCCUCCUCCUCCAAACACGGCGAGUUGAGUUAAUGCCAAAGAGCUCGAUUUUGGUCUCAUCUGACCACAACACUUUCACCCAGUUCUCCUCUGAAUCAUUCAGAUGUUCAUUGGCAAACUUCAGACGGGCCUGUAUAUGUGCUUUCUUGAGCAUGGGGACCUUGCGGGCGCUGCAGGAUUUCAGUCCUUCACGGCGUAGUGUGUUACCAAUUGUUUUCUUGGUGACUAUGGUCCCAGCUGCCUUGAAAUCAUUGACAAGAUCCUCCUGUGUAGUUCUGGGCUGAUUCCUCACCGUUCUCAUGAUCAUUGCAACUCCACGAGGUGAGAUCUUGCAUGGAGCCCCAGGCCGAGGGAGGUUGACAGUUAUUUUGUGUUUCUUCCAUUUGCGAAUAAUCGCACCUACUGUUGUCACCUUAUCACCAAGCUGCUUGGCGAUGGUCUUGUAGCCCAUUCCAGCCUUGUGUAGGUCUACAAUCUUGUCCCUGACAUCCUUGGAGAGCUCUUUGGUGUUGGCCAUGGUGGAGAGUUUGGAAUCUGAUUGAUUUAUUGCUUCUGUGGACAGGUGUCUUUUAUACAGGUAACAAACUGAGAUUAGGAGCACUCCCUUUAAGAGUGUGCUCCUAAUCUCAGCUCGUUACCUGUAUAAAAGACACCUGGGAGCCGGAAAUCUUUCUGAUUGAGAGGGGGUCAAAUACUUAUUUCCCUCAUUAAAAUGCUAAUCAAUUUAUAACAUUUUUUACAUGCGUUUUUCUGGAUUUUUUUGUUGUUAUUCUCUCUCACUGUUCAAAUAAACCUACCAUUAAAAUUAUAGACUGAUCAUUUCUUUGUCAGUGGGCAAACAUACAAAAUCAGCAGGGGAUCAAAUACUUUUUUCCCUCACUGUACUAAGUGAGAAAUAAAUGGUAAACUGGGACUGGUACCACUAGGUCAUAUUGUAUAGAACAGGAGAAAGGGUAGCUUUAGAACUGUGCUACUACUCCCCAGCCAGCAGCAGUGGGUUGCCUCUACUGCCUCUCUCCCACUCUUGAGAUCCAUGGCGACAGACAUCACUUCUCAUUUGCUGGUGCCUUGGAAGCCUCCAACGGAACAUGACAGUCAUUCAGGCCAGAUAGUCCUGUGUGCGAGAAGUCAUGUGGAAAGGUUUUUACUUUUCACAGGCACUUCUGCAAAUGAUGUCCUCAUGACAUCACGUCACAUGAGGAUUGGGUUGUGAGCCGAGUUGUUAUGAGUUUAGUUUACACAAAAGUAAAGGACCAUAGGCCAAAAUUACUCAGCUCCUUAACUCUUGAGGGCGAGACAGAAAUCACUGCAAUUUUAUCAACAUUAACAUUUUCCUAAAUGCAUAUCACAUUAGCGCUCUUCCUCAAAGGCUGAUGUCUUGUCUUGUUUGUGUCUGGAUGCUGCCUUGUCUGCCUUGAUUAACUGAGCGGGACAUGAAUGGCCUGUCUAUGAGAAUUUAGAACGGUUUCCACUGGUAGACAAUAACUACAGGCCAGUACGCUACAUAUUAUGCAACUACUGUUUACAAUCAUACACUAUUUAUGUUUUGUUUGUAGAGUUGAUCUACUGUAGUGUACUUGUGAAUUUAAAUAAUUGUUAACAUAUUGUUUAUUUCAUUUGUUCCAUGGUAUGGUGUUGGUUGCAUUGGCCAUGCCCUUUUGUGUCAAUAUGGCUUUGAAAGAAACAUAAGCCAAAGUUUUAUAUCUGUUUGUUUGUCUAAAAUUCACAAGCUGUAGUAUAUCAAUAUAUGGAUAUUUUUCGACUUUGAAAUAUGACCUGAAUUGGUGUUCAUUUCCCCCCUGAUUUUCCAGAGCACUCCAAAUGAAGAGACUAAAUCAUUACAGUCGCAAGCAGAGAGACAGAAUCUGUCUUUGCUGCCGGUGGGGAAACCUCCAGUGGCUGGUAAAAGAGUUAUACAGGGGAAGGAAUUCAAAGGCUCACCUUUCAUCAGCAAGCCAGAAAUCGUCCUCUUCAAGGUACAUUGCUCUGCGUUGUAUAACUAUGCAUUGUAUUGUAUUGCAGAAGAUGCAGGCAUGUCAUACUGUGCAGUAAUUUCACCCAAAAUGACAUACAGUUAUUUCAUACUCUGCAGUCAUUUCAGACAAAAUGACAUGCAGGUAUUUCACACAUCCACAUACUGUUGCAGGACUUUGAGGUGGGACAGAUGUAUAAGAAGAAGGUCAACCUGACUAAUGUCAGCUACACAACCAAUUAUUGCAAGUUACUUGGUGUCACCAUGGAUCUGAUGGAUUUCAUUUCAAUAAGGUGAGCCUUAUAGCUUAAGUUCCAUGGUAGGUUGAAUUGGAACAGAAGUGGAAAACGACUUUCUUGCGAUCAAAACCUGUUACUAAUUUCUCGUAGGCUCAGAAAAACAGGUAAUAGUUAAUGGGGUCUAACGUCACAUGGACGGAAGAGGAAUGUCCACCACUGAUUGGUUAAAAUUGCCCAUAACCCCUGGUCUAGGGUCAGAUUGUUUUAAGGUCGGGUAAUCUGAUCCUAGGUCUUUGGUUGGGUCCGCGCAACUUCUCCCUUGAGCAUCCACCCCCUCACAAAGCUUACACACUAGCUCAGUCUCAUUAAUGCAUUUCUCUCAGUCCCGAGCCUCCAUCCCUCCCACCCACAAACAAAGGAGGGAUGAGUGUUACAUGUGGGUCACACACCACUCACUCUAUCCCUUUCCAGAGAGAUAGUGAGAUAACUCUGACUUGAUGCGGUUACGUGGGCCUCUGCUCUUUCUGCCCGAGUGAGUGAACUAAGUCCUCGUCCUCCCAGGCUGCUGCCGGCUCAAAUAGAGCCCAGUCAAAGUGUCUCGUGGUUGGGUUGGUUGGAGCCUCGGCAGGGCCUGUCUGCACACAUCGCCUCCACAUUCCACAAACACACACACACUCCACUUCUCAGUGAGCCGUUCAGCUCAGCUCACCCAUUACUCUGGGGUGCCAGUGCCACAGCCUAUCAUCCACCAGUACCGUGACCCAGAGAAGGAGGAGGAUCCUUUAUUGGGGCUAUAGUACGCAGUAGUGUCACUUUUGAAAAGGUAGAUUUGAAUGCCUUAAUGGGAUGUUGUUUUAAGUACCCAAAAGAUCUGUACCCGAUAGAUUUUCUGGUGAAAAUGGGGGUGGAUUGCUAUAAUGUACUAUAAUGCAAGCAAUAUGGUUGUCGUGAUUGAUAAAAAGAAAUUGGGGACUGUUAUGUAAUCCGUAAUGUGGAUUUUAGUAUUUUGUUUUGGAGGAUUUUUCUUUUUAAAUGUUAUUUAAAAUGUCUUAAAUGACCACUAUGUUCAGGGCUUAAGUAUCAUUUGCUCAGCGGUAGACAAACGUUAACCAAGAACAUGCUCUGGUUUUUACAUGCCGCCCAUCCAUCGUUCUUUCGACGCCCCCUGAAAUUCUAAAAAUGGCUCUCCAUCUCUCUUCCUCCCAGCGUAGCUGUGUGUGUGCCAGGGCUGAUUCUCUCUCUGCCAUGUCUUAGCCUUACUGCUGGGACUCUGCUAGGUGGACUGCUCAGGCUCUGCCAAACGUUACUAAGGUGUUAUACACAUGAAAACACAGCACUUUUACUGCUUAAAACUAUUUUUUUAUAAACAAUUUGGCUUACAUACAUUAUUCAGUGUUUUUAAUGCUACUGCCUAAGACUGACCAGAGCCUGAGAUGGUUCCAAAAUGGACACCUGACUCAGAAUCUGUCAUAUGGCUCCUCUCUUCUGGUUAAUGUGACAGGACUCAUGUUUUGGCACAGCACCGUAUGUAGCCAUCAGGCAUGUUUGGGUGUUAACAGUGUUGAUGAACUAACUAGUGCUGAUUUGAUUUGUUAUGGGAUCAGUGUCACCCAGGAGGGUUGGAUAAUGUAUAUGCCAGGCAGUCAUACUGCACCUAUGGGCUCCUGCCAGAUAUUUUUAGUCUAACUGUAAAUAUGGCCUGAUUUACUGUACUGUUCACCACACAUCUUCAACAUGGUCUCACUCAACACUCAAUCCCUAGUGAACUGUUGUCUUUUUUCUUUGAAAACAUUUGUUUUUAUUUUUUACUUAGAAAAUAAUGCCUCCCUCCAUGCAUUCAUAUGGCAUUUAGAAAGCAUUUUGAAAGCAGACUGUCAGAGAGUGUAGGUCAGGGUUCCCCAAUUACAUUCAGCCGUGGACUGAUUUUUCCUUGACCGGAUGGUCGGGGGCCGGAACAAUUUGACAGCAAUAAUCCCAAACAGAUAUAGUAUUUGACAAAAACAGAAUCAUUUCAAACCUUGAUUACAUUGGGAUACGAUCACAUAUGCCUCUCUUUUUACACGUGGGAAUACUUGGGAACAGAUUUUCUAAAUUAUCGCUUUGAGCUGAUUUCCUAGUGAUUUUACAGUCUUUUAUGUCCAACAUCGAAAAAUAAUUUUUAUUUCCCCCAAAAUAAAAUCACUGCCGGCCGAAUUUGGCCCGCGGGCCUCCAAUUGGGGAACCCUGGUAUAGGUAGAUACAGUAGAUAGUACAUACUUUGUUAAAGUGUGACUCCUCUUAUUGAGACAACAGAUGUUGGUUGUGUUCUGUGAUGCUGCCUGUGAGCAUGCCCAUUUUGGCCUCUUUCAUUCAUUUCCAGGGCACAGCAGGCUACUGUCGACGGUCUUUGACUUUCAGCAGUUCCAAUCUGAUUUCUAUUUGAAAUAGCAUGAUAUGACAUAUGAUUUCUCUCACUAGUAUUUUAACGGAUUUGUAUCUAAAUAUAUGUAAAUAAAGAUGUAGAGUAUAGGGUAUGUAUAGGUGUAUGAUAUCGCAAAAUAAUAUACUGUGAUUGACAGGCUUCUAUACAUGCCCAAAAUCAGAACAGACUUCCUAAAUUAAUAUCACUUUGAGUUGAUUUCCUGGUGAUGUUAGUAUUUUAUGUCCUUUAUUUAGUAUUUUAUGUCCUAGAGCUUGUGCUCUAUAUAUUCAUCCUUACUGUCGUGCUUAUGGUUGUUUUUUCCAACUCAUUGUUUAUCUAUUGAAUUUUGAGAAAUUCUCCUGUGGCCUUUUCGCUCCACUGUAUCGGUUGGGUAGCCUUUUAUAUAUUUUGGAGGCUGGAACAUUUGGAGUGCUCCAGGGCAAUCUCUGGGCUACUGGCUUUUGCCUCUAGAUAAUUUAUUAAAACAUGGUCAUCAGUAGGCGCUAGUAGGCUAUACAAUAUCAGACAUAUGUGAUGUUUCCUAAUUGAUUAGGAAUUUCUGAACUGUUUCUUACAUCAGUAGCUUUAAGAAUUGAAUGCUAACCUUUGCUCCUGGUAUGUUGUGCCGAUCAGAUCUCUGAAUACCAGCUUAAUGUCAACUUUUGAUUCCUCUGUUUAAAUUAUGUUCAUUUUCUUUUCCCUGCAGACACAACAUCCUUUAGCUUUUUUUGUAGAAUGUUGCUGUUAUAUUCAUUUUGAACUUUUUACACAUGGAACUUAGCAAUUACACACAAACAUGCACACACACACACACACUAUGUUGCCAUUUAAAUCGGCCUCAAUUGCAUCCAUAAUGUAUAACCUGACCUGGCCAAAUCUUCACAACCGUGGUGUAAAUGGAUCUGCAAUAUAAUUCCACUGAGUAUGGAGAAUAUCAUGCUGUGUUGUCUCAAUGGCUCUGUCUGACUGGAGUAUGAAUGGCUGGUGCAGGUCAUAAAAUGUUUUGAUGUAAACUGCUCUUUUAUAUCCCACUGUGUGUGAGAUGCAUUCCUUUGAAUUGGGUUGUUGUGUGAAGGCUUUUGUUAUAGGAACGCACCCUCCUCUGUUUCAGCUUUGAGCCUCCUGGUCCAAUAUCUGCUGGGAUGGCCUGUGACAUGCAGGUCAUUUUUCAACCAAUGGUGAGUCAGUCAGACAGACAGACGAGCAUACCCAUCUGUCUCCAAGAGUUAUUUACCCCCCUAACAAAUUAUCACCAUUGCUGUCCUUUUAGAUAAAUAAGGAUUUGAAGGGAGAGGUCCAGUUUGUGUCAGCAGCUGGCCCCUUCUCUGUGCCCAUCAGAUGCACCAUUAAGAAAUGUGAUGUGAGUACUAAGAAGGACCUCGUCUGAAGAGUGGCCAUUUAUCUUAGUAUCCAACUCAGCAGCUUAGCCUGCUGUCAUCUGAAUAUUUCCUGAAAUGGCUGCACACGGCCCUCAAUUCUUCUAUUCCUUAUGUAUAGUAUUGCAUUUACAAUGUUGUGAUGUUCAUCUAUGAAUGUACCCUCUCAAUACUGUAUACUUCAUCCAUGUGCUUUCUCAGUACUUAUGCACAUUUUCAUUGUGUCUCAUGUCAUACAUCUCCUAGCUGUCUGUGGACAUCGACCUCAUUGUCUUUGGCACCCACGUGGUGGGCCAGACCAUUUCCCGGGCUAUCACCCUGACCAACAGGGGGGCCCUGGGGACACGCUUCACCCUGGUACCCUCCCCCUGCCCUAGCCUAGCGCAGUCCCAGCUCCAGGCUCAGGCCUUGUCCGAGGCCUCCUCCGCCAGCACCCAGGUGAGACCCUGACCCUUGAUCCCUGUUACAAGGGUGUCUCUGUGUCAUAUCAGGUUUAUAUAUACAGUGGCUUGCGAAACUAUUCACCCCCCUUGGCAUUUUUUCUAUUUUGUUGCCUUACAACCUGGAAUUAAAAUUGAUUUUUUGGGGGUUUAUAUCAUUUGAUUAACACAACAUGCCUACCACUUUGAAGACGCAAAAUAUUUUUUCUCGUGAAACAAACAAGAAAUAAGACCAAAAAACGGAAAACCUGAGCGUGCAUAACUAUUCACCCCCCCCAAAGUCAAUACUUUGUUUAAAAAUGAACAUGAACUUAUUUUCUUUGCAUUAUUCGAGGUCUGACAACACUGCAUCUUUUUUGUUAUUUUGACCAGUUGUCAUUUUCUGCAAAUAAAUGCUCUAAAUGACAAUAUUUUUUAUUUGGAAUUUUUGAGAAAUGUUGUCAGUAGUUUGUACAAUAAAACAAAAAUGUUAUUUUUACCCAAACACAUACCUAUAAAUAGUAAAACCAGAGAAACUGAUAAUUUUGCAGUGGUCUCUUAAUUUUUUCCGCAGCUGUAUAUACUGAGAUCAUGUGACAGAUCAUGUGACACUUAGAUUGCACACAGGUGGACUUUAUUUAACUAAUUAUGUGACUUCUGAAGGUAAUUGGUUGCACCAGAUCGUAUUUAGGGGCUUCAUAGCAAAGGGGGUGAAUACAUAUGCACGCACCACUUUUCCGUUAUUAUAUUUCAUUUCACUUCACCAAUUUGGACUAUUUUGUGUAUGUCCAUAAUAUGAAAUUCAAAUAAAAAUCAAUUUAAAUUACAGGUUGUAAUGCAACAAAAUAGGAAAAACGCCAAGGGGGAUGAAUACUUGCAAGGCAAUGUGUGUGUGUAUAUAUAUAUAUAUAUAUAUAUAUAUAUAUAUAUAUAUAUAUAUAUAUAUAUAUAUAUAUAUAUAUACAGUGGGGAGAACAAGUAUUUGAUACACUGCCGACUUACAAAGCAUGUAGAGGUCUGUAAUUUUUAUCAUAGGUACACUUCAACUGUGAGAGACGGAAUCUAAAACAAAAAUCCAGAAAAUCACAUUGUAUGAUUUUUAAGUAAUUAAUUUGCAUUUUAUUGCAUGACUUAAGUAUUUGAUACAUCAGAAAAGCAGAACUUAAUAUUUGGUACAGAAACCUUUGUUUGCAAUUACAGAGAUCAUACGUUUCCUGUAGGUCUUGACCAGGUUUGCACACACUACAGCAGGGAUUUUGGCCCACUCCUCCAUACAGACCUUCUCCAGAUCCUUCAGGUUUCGGGGCUGUCGCUGUGCAAUACGGACUUUCAGCUCCCUCCAAAGAUUUUCUAUUGGGUUCAGGUCUGGAGACUGGCUAGGCCACUCCAGGACCUUAAAAUGCUUCUUACGAAGCCACUCCUUCAUUGCCCGAGCGGUGUGUUUGGGAUCAUUGUCAUGCUGAAAGACCCAGCCACGUUUCAUCUUCAAUGCCCUUGCUGAUGGAAGGAGGUUUUCACUCAAAAUCUCACGAUACAUGGCCCCAUUCAUUCUUUCCUUUACACGGAUCAGUCGUCCUGGUCCCUUUGCAGAAAAACAGCCCCAAAGCAUGAUGUUUCCACCCCAUGCUUCACAGUAGGUAUGGUGUUCUUUGGAUGCAACUCAGCAUUCUUUGUCCUCCAAACACGACGAGUUGAGUUUUUACCAAAAAGUUCUAUUUUGGUUUCAUCUGACCAUAUGACAUUCUCCCAAUCCUCUUCUGGAUCAUCCAAAUGCACUCUAGCAAACUUCAGACGGGCCUGGACAUGUACUGGCUUAAGCAGGGGGACACGUCUGGCACUGCAGGAUUUGAGUCCCUGGCGGCGUAGUGUGUUACUGAUGGUAGGCUUUGUUACUUUGGUCCCAGCUCUCUGCAGGUCAUUCACUAGGUCCCCCCAUGUGGUUCUGGGAUUUUUGCUCACCGUUCUUGUGAUCAUUUUGACCCCACGGGGUGAGAUCUUGCGUGGAGCCCCAGCUCGAGGGAGAUUAUCAGUGGUUUUGUAUGUCUUCCAUUUCCUAAUAAUUGCUCCCACAGUUGAUUUCUUCAAACCAAGCUGCUUACCUAUUGCAGAUUCAGUCUUCCCAGCCUGGGGCAGGUCUACAAUUUUGUUUCUGGUGUCCUUUGACAGCUCUUUGGUCUUGGCCAUCGUGGAGUUUGGAGUGUGACUGUUUGAGGUUGUGGACAGGUGCCUUUUAUACUGAUAACAAGUUCAAACAGGUGCCAUUAAUACAGGUAACGAGUGGAGGACAGAGGAGCCUCUUAAAGAAGAAGUUACAGGUCUGUGAGAGCCAGAAAUCUUGCUUGUUUGUAGGUGACCAAAUACUUAUUUUCCACCAUAAUUUGCAAAUAAAUUCAUAAAAAAUCCUACAAUGUGAUUUUCUGGAUUUUUUUUCCUCAAUUUGUCUGUCAUAGUUGACGUGUACCUAUGAUGAAAAUUACAGGCUUCUCUCAUCUUUUUAAGUGGGAGAACAUGCACAAUUGGUGGCUGACUAAAUACUUUUUUUCCCCACUGUGUGUAUAUAUAUAUAUAUAUAUAACAUUACAGCAAUAUAUACUUUUUUACCAUGAGCAGUUGAUUCCUAUGUCUGGCUGUCUUGUUAGCGGCAUGCACUGUAAUUUGAAUAUAUCCAAUAGACGCUGCUCUGGCCAGUACUGGACAGUGGUGGAGUGGUUUUGUAAGUGUCUGUGUGCAUGUGCGUGUGCUUGUGUGUGUAGCUUUCACAGGAGAGGAGCACUUCAAUAGCAGCAGCCUCUGACAGCCAGGAGAGCCCUGCGUCACGGGACUCAGGAGAACUCAAAUCAGAGAGGAAGAGUCAGAAACCCUCGCUAGGCUCAGACUCCAAACAGUCAAGUAAAUAAAGCACACAUGUCUCUUUGAUGUGUAAAACUGAAACAGUUAAUCUCUCUACUCAGCAUGUUUUUUAAACCUGAUUAAUAGAUGCUUUGAUAAUAUCAAAGUUCAUGUUAUCAGUCGUCAGUAAAGUUUUUCAGAUCAGUGAUCACCUCCGGGAAAGGAGGAAGGAAGGUUGCCCUUGCAAAUAUUGGAGAGUGUGGCUGUGUGUGGAUGCAUGCUUGCAUGUGUGUGUCCCUGUGUAUGUGUGUGUGUGUGUGUGUGUGUGUGUGUGUGUGUGUGUGGUAUUAGGGGCCCAGACACCUGCUGUGCCAGAGACCCUGGGGGGUGUGGAGGCUGCCUCAGGAAGACGCAGCCUGGCCUCAGAGCAGCAGGAGGGAGGCCUGGCCCUCAAGGCCAACACGGAGGAGCCCUCGGACAGCAGCAGUGACAUCACCAUCGGAAAGGUACAGCACCUUUGAGUAACUGCUAUAGGAAUAUGUACAGACUACUAGAUCAACACUGGAAAAUAAUUACGAUGGUACAACACCAGUUCUUUGUAGAAGAAAGUGAAGAACAAAGGUUGAAUCCCAAAAUUCUUUAGGGGAAACACAUGUUAAGAACGCAAGUAGCUGCAAAUAACAGGUGCUGUGUAAAUCUGGCCCUUUGGUGUUAUUGUGAUACAGCUUUUCUUCAUCCUCACUUGUCUGUUUAGUUCUGUAUUGAUAGAUGUCUGCCUUGGUCUUUGUGUGUGAAUGCGUAAAAUAGUGAAUUAUCAGAUAUGAAAAUACAAAAAUUAAAGCAACGCAGCAACUGUCUUCAUGCCAGCACACACACACACACACACACACACACAUCCCCACUAGUUCUGUAGUGAUAGAAGUCUGUCAUCUCUCUCUGUCUCCCUCCAUGGUGGAUUUGUUCACUAAUGUCAUGUGUCCUGCGGUCUCUCCCUGUGUAGUUGCUGGCUUGUUCUGGGCUCAUUACUCCUCUCUUCGGGGUAAUGGUGCAUUGCUUCUCCCGCUGCCUUUUGUGUGUGUGUGUGUGUGUGUGUGUGUGUGUGUGUGUGUGUGUGUGUGUGUGUGUGUGUGUGUGUGUGUGUGUGUGUGUGUGUGUGUGUGUGUGUGUGUGUUUGUGGGUUUUCACCAUUUUACACGUUCACACACAUUGUGCUCCCAGAGUAUUGAAACUUUCCUGGAGUGAGGUGCCACACUGUGUUCUUCUUUCCACAACUUUUGAUUGAGUUAUUAUUGAAAUCCCUGUGUUAUGGUGCAGAUGAUGACACCCAGCAAUGACUGUAGUUAGAUUUUAUAUGACUUUGAAGUUUCACAUCUGAAUGACUAUAUUAAAAACAGCUCUAAAAAGAUUUUACCUUCAGUGUAUUCACUAGGAACCAAACAGAAGCGAAUGGGCCGAAAUAGGGAAGGACCUACCUGAAUUUGUCCAAUAUGAAACUAGUUUUCAUUGCAGAAUGUUUUGCUACACUGUGCGCUAAUAAUACCCCCCUUAUCCUGCACAUGAUGAUGUGACUGUUGUUGUGACAUGUUCCCUCAAGACUGCCUCCCAUGCCUAGGUCAGAGAGGGGGAGGUGGGCCCGUUUGAAAGUGUCAAGUUGGAGAUUGUGUUCACACCCACCAUACCAGGGGAGGCUAAGUUGGACUUCCACAUCAAGUUCUCCGACCCAACCUGUGAACCGGUAAGAUUUUCCUCAUGAUGUCAUCAUCAUUACCUGAGUGAACUGACACUAGGCCUACACUGUGAUACUUACAGUAAGACCAAAAGUCUAUUCAGCCAAAGCCAAUAGCCAGGCUUUAACCUAUGUAUGACAAAAACAGCUUUCCUCUCAUGAGAAUGUGUGAUAGGAAUGAUGUAGUCAAUACAAUUAUAUUUACUCAAUAUUUACAAUAUACUGUAAAUAAUAUAAUAUAUAAUGUGUGAAGGCUAAUGAGAUGAAUGUCCUUCUGGCUUAUCCCGGAAACAUCCAGGCACUAGUUUUGAUUGACGGGGGCCUCGUCUAUUCACAGAUAUCCAUUGGGGUCCAAGGGAUGGCUGUGUGCGUGCCUGUGUGGGUGGCCCAGCCAAGCAUUGUCCUGAAGAUCUGCAUGUUCGAUCGCCUCUAUCAAGACAGUAUUGUGGUCCAAAGCAGGUGAGUCCGUCAAUUGGUUAGAGACGGUCAUUCAUUUACAUUAUGUACAGUAGACCUUGGCCUGGGCUGGAGUCUGGUCUAGUGGUAGUGCUGCCAAUUGGGUUACAAAUCCUGCCUCUGCCCUUCCUCUCUGUCUCCCUCCAUACCUGUCUCCCUCCAUACCUUUCUCCCCUCUAGAAAUGUAUUAGGCUUCACAUAAACCCUGUAUCGGAUGGGGUCAAAGGACCCCGGAUAAGAUGCCGUUUAAGAUCUCAAUCCCGUCUGCUUUAGAUAUGGCAUUGAGCAAUAGCAAAUUAUUUUUGAUUAUGAAUGUUAUACAUUAUGAAAGCGCUGCAGGCCAUAACAUUUACCGGCAUGUCUCUCCACCCGCACGUCUUUGUGUCACACGUCACAGUGCGAGGGGGGAUUUGUGGCAGCUGCCAUCUGGAAGCUGGAGCACACAAAUGCAUGUGACGAUGACAGCGACAGUGACGCCGAGAACGGCAGCUUUUUACACCCCCCCCCAAAAGUCCCCAAAAAUAGACACCAACUAGCAUCAUACAAUAUGUUACGUUUGCUUUUGAACCAAUGGUAUAAAAUAAUAUACUGUGGUGUACAUAGAACUGCUUUAUAUCUAUGGUUGUGUAAAGCAGUUGACAUAUUUUGGGGGAACAGCGAGAGCAACACCAACCAGCAUCACACAAAAUGUAAACUUAACUUUUGAGUCAAUUAUUUAAAUAUAGCCUAGAGUAACAGUCGUUGACAGAUUCCAGGGAACAGCGUGAGAAACACCAACCAGCAUCACACAAUAUGCCACUUUUGGCAUAUUUCAGGGGACAGCAUGUUUCAUCGCAAACACCAAAUCAAAUCAAAGCCAAACAUUUUAAACCAUUUCCACUGACACCUGCUGGGGAGUCAAAGAAGAUGACAAAGUAGAUGACAUACUGAAAAUAAUCUACCUGCUUUUCCUAAAGCCACCUCCUGCCCUCUUUCUUCCCUCACUUAUUUAUAACAAUACCUCCUGUACGCACAACCGUCCUCCUCUCACCCCGAGGAAUGAGGCUGAGUUGAUUAAUGUAUUUUGUUUCUGAUGCCUUCCUCCAGAAACAAUAGUUGUUCUCUCCGUCGCCUCGCUUUUGAAUGGAAGAUUCCUAAAAAUAGAGCAUUAAGGAACGAGUGCCUAGGCAUUUUUCCAGUGGUCCUCUUCUGAGUUGGUUGAUUUUGGGUUUAUCUUUUGAUGUUGCCAGGAGAGGGGAGACAUCGCUGGGGUGGUGGGGGUAAUUACUCAGACUCCCUCUGAGGUGUUGAGUAUCCCAUCAGGUCUUGGGCCACGUGGGGUUUCACCAAGUGUGCCAUCUGGACGUGCAGGGGAUGGAAAGUGGCACCGUGACAGUAUAGCCAUGGGCACCUUGACUAGUGACGGAUGUUAGUAGAGGCCUUAUCCUUAACAAGUCAUGAAUGUUAAGAAUUAUUAUUGUUAUGGGCUAGUCUGGUCCCAGGCUAUCCGUUUGGCAUGAAAAGGAGUGGCAUAAUGGCAUAAACAGACUGAUACCCAGUCUAUCCAUGGGCAACUCUAGCACUAAACCACAGAGUUUCUAAACCCAGAAGCGCAACAUCUCAAGACUUCUAGGAACGCUUGCGAAACAGACCAAGAAGACCAGGCUUGGGUUUGGGGUUUGAGAAGUCAAUGAGAGAAGUGAAAAAUGAUUCCUUAGUUGUUAAUUUUAUUGAAAUCUAAAGGCACAACAUAAUUUGGAGCCAAUGUCUUAAGUAGUUGAACAUGCAAUUACUCCAACCUUGUGAAAGUGACAAAGUGAGACGUUUUCAUUUUCGUCAAAAACUACUUUAUAUUGAAGGAGUGGCUUUGAUUUGACAGCCUGCACAUACACAGUUCGGCGCAAGACGACAUUUACAUCAAUUACUUGUUCUGCGCAUGCGCUUAGCUAGCCAACAUCGCCAUGAAAUCACCUACAAGUGUGAUCAGGGAUUUCUAUUGGAGAAGCAGUUUUAGUACUGUCUUUGACUAAACCUUCCCCAGUCAUGGGCACUAGCAUGAAAUGGGUGUGAGCGCUCUAGUCAAUCAGCUUUACCUAAACCAGACGACAGUGUAAGGAAGUCUAUCAGCUCCCCAGCAAUAAGUCUCAUGGAUAUAUGGGGCUUAAGACUUUAACUAGUAUAACUGUAAGCAUUAAACCUCCACCAGCCAUGGGCCUUAUCACUAAACCUUAACUGGUUGAGCGUAUUAUAAUCUAAUACCCUUGUAAUACACUUUUGAUAAUCAUUAGAUCACUGUCUUAUCCAGUCAUGAACGAUGGGUGUCAGUUAAAAAACAUAACCUGUGGAAAGCAUUGGCACUUCAGGAGAACAUAUAAUCAUGAAGUAUGACUCAGAAUUAACGUUAGAGAGAUAUAACAGUAGUUCUAUGGAGAGUCUUGCAUCAUAAUCAGAGAACAUACAGUAACCGGUCAUCCUUUUACCCAGAGUCAUAGUACUGAACAAAAAUAUAAACACAACAUGUAAAGUGUUGCUCCCAUGUUUCAUGAGCUGAAAUAAAAUGUCCCAGAAUUCUUCCAUACGCACAAAAAGCUUAUUUCUCUCAAAUUUUGUGCACAAAUUUGUUUAUAUCCCUGUUAGUGAAAAUGUUUCCUUUGCCAAGAUAAUCCAUCCACCUGACAGUUGUGGCAUAUCAAGAAGCUGAAUAAACAGCAUGAUCAUUACACAGGUGCACCUUGUGCUGGGGACAAUAAAAGGCCACACAACACAAUGCCACAGAUGUCUCAAGUUAUGAGGGAGUGUGCAAUUGGCCUGCAGACUGCAGGAAUGUCCACUAGAACUGUUGCCAGAGAAUUGAAUGUUCAUUUCUCUACCAUAAGCCGCCUCCAACAUUGUUUUAGAUCAUUUGGCAGUACGUCCAACCGGCCUCACAUGUGUAACUACGUCAGCCCAGGACCUCCACAUCCGGCUUCUUCACCUGCGGGAUCGUCUGAGACCAGUCACCCCGACAGCUGAGGAGUAUUUCUGUCUGUAAUAAAGCCCUUUUGUGGGGAAAAACAAAUUCUGAUUGGCUGGGCCUGGCUCCCCAGUGGGUGGGCCUGGCUCCCAAGUGGGUGGGCCUAUAGUGGGUGGGCCUAUGCCUUCCCAGGCCCACCCAUGGCUGCACCCCUGCCCAGUCAUGUGAAAUACGAAAGAUUAGGGCCUAAUGAAUUUAGUUCAAUUGACUGAUUUCCUUAUAUGAACUGUAACGCAGUAAAAUCGUUGAAAUUGUUGCAUGUUGCGUUUAUAUUUUAGUUCAGUGCCUUCAGAAAGCAUUCAUACCCCUUGACUUAUUCCAAAUUUUGUUGUGUUACAGCCUGAAUUCAGAAUAGAUUUUUGUUCUCACCCAUCUACACACAAUACCCCAUUAUGACAAAGGGUUUUUAGAAAUUGUUGCAAAUGUAUUGAAAAUGAAAUACAGAAAUAUCUCAUUUACUUAAGUAUUCACACCCCUGAGUCAAUACUUUGUAGAAGCACCUUUGGCAGCGAUUGUACAAUAUUUGCACUUUUUUUAUUUAUUUAUUCUUCAAGCUCUGUCAAGUUGGUUGUUGAUCAUUGCUAGACAGCCAUUUUCAUGUCUUGCCAUAGAUUUCCUAGCCGAUUUAUGUCAAAACCGUAACUAAGCCACUCAGGAACAUUCAGUGUUGUGUUGGUAAGAAACUCCAGUGUAUAUUUGGCCUUGUGUUUUAGGUUAUUGUCCUGCUGUUAGGUGAAUUUGUUUCCCAGUGUCUGUUGAAAAGCAGACUGAACCAGGUUUUCCUCCGGGAUUUUUCCUGUGCUUAGCUCUAUUCUGUUUAUUUUUAUCGUUAAAAAAAACUCCUUAGUCCAUGCCGAUGACAAGCAUACCCAUAAUAUGAUGCAGCCACCACCAUGCUUAAAAUAUAAAGAGUGGUACUCAGUUAUGUGUUGUUUUGGAUUUUUUGCAGUUUUACUUGAAUGCCUUAUUGCAAACAUGUUUUGGAAUAUUUUUAUUCUGUACAGGCUUCCUUCUUUUCACUCUGUCAUUUAGGUUAGUAUUGUGGAGUAACUACAAUGUUGUUGAUCCAUCCUCCGUUUUCUCCUAUCACAGCCAUUAAACUCUGUAACUUUUUUAAAGACACCAUUGGCCUCAUGGUGAAAUCCCUGAGCGGUUUCCAUCCUCUCCGGCAACUGAGUUAGGAAGGACUUAGGAAGGGUAUGUAACAACACAUCUGCCACGCUGAUCCUUAACACGGUGGCCCCUCAGGGGUGUGUGCUCAGUCCCCUCCUGUACUCCCUGUUCACCCAUGACUGUAUGGCCAGGCACUACUCCAACACCAUCGUUAUGUUUGCCGACGACACAACAGUGGUAGGCCUGAUCACCGACAACGAUGAGACAGCCUAUAGGGAGGAGGUCAGAGACCUGGCCAUGUGGUGCCAGGAUUACAACCUCUCCCUCAACGUGAUCAAGACAAAGGAGAUGAUUGUGGACAACAGGAAAAAAAAGAGGACUGAGCACACCCCCAUUCUCAUCGACGGGGCUGUAGUGGAACAGGUUGAGAGCUUCAAGUUCCUUGGUGUCCACAUCACUAACAAACUAUCAUGGUCCAAACACACCAAGACAGUCGUGAAGAGGGCACGACAAAGCCUAUUCCCCCUCAGAAGACUGAAUAGAUUUGACAUGGGUCCUCAGAUCCUCAAAAUGUUUUACAGCUGCACCAUCGAGAGCAUCCUGACUGGUUGCAUCACUGACUGGUAUGGCAACUGCUCAGCCUCCGACCGCAAGGCACUACAGAGGGUAGUGCGUACGGCCCAGUACAUCACUGGGGCCAAGCUUCCUGCCAUCCAGGAUCUCUAUACCAGGCGGUGUCAGAGGAAGGCCCUAAAAUGAUCAAAGACUCCAGCCACCCUAGUCAUAGACUGUUCUCUCUGCUACCGCACAGCAAGCGGUACCGUAGCGCCAAGUCUAGGUCCAAAAGGCUUCUUAAUAGCUUCUACCACUAAGCCAUAAGACUCCUGAACAGCUAAUCAUGGCUACCCGGACUAUUUGCAAAACUGACUGCACAGCACUUCCACCGAGCAUGAGUCAUUGAGUGUAGCUGUUGAGAGGGGAGCUCGUGUCUGUCUGUGUGUGUGUGUGUGUGUGUGUGUGUGUCGUUGGCCGUGCGUGGAGAAUUCCCUGGGUAGUGAUCCAUUUAUAUCACCACAGCUACAGAGGGAGACUUCUCACCACCAGCACAACCAUCUGUUGGAUCCCUCUGAAAUUGGGUCACCUAAAUUAUCGGGUGGGAGAAAAUGAGGACAUGGGUACAUUGCAGCAGUACCUACCAGACAAUUUGUGUUCAUGUCACUCACACACUCACGAUUUCAUGUCUGACGUCCUCGUCGAAUAUCUACACUGUAACAAGGGGACAUCCUGGGAGUCUGUUGUGUAAAGUACACUCACCUUUACAUUUGCUUCGUGAGGGUCCUCUUAAUUUAGUAUCGAAUCGUGUAAAAUGUAUACAACAAAUCACAUAAACUGAUGGAUGCCAUCUUGAGCAGUAGCUUGGUGAAACGUGUUGUGUCAUAGACAUAACACCACCCUAACUUACUAAAUAGGCUCUCCGUUGAGUUAGCAGCCCUAACUAACUAGUACAGGGCCUAACUAAACAGCGCUGUUGUCUUUUGUAUUGCAGAGCGAGCACAGCUCUUCGGCUGACGUUCGAGGUGUGUCCAGAGCUGAGGAACCACAUGGAGAUCCUGCCUAAGACCGGCUACAUCCAGGCCAGGUCCAGCUUCAACGCUCAGCUUAAGUUCCUGCCCAGGUAACCACACAGAUACUAACACCUGGGUCAUAUUCAUUAGUACACACAGUAGCAAAAUCUAGCAAAACGUUUUGCAACGAAAAACAGAAAACAAGCAUUUCUUACUGGACAACUUCCGGUAGUCUCUCCCUGUUUCAGUCUGUUUUCUUCCGUUUGGUGCCUAGUGAAUACAUUGAUAAUGGAUUUAGAUCAAGGGUAGUUAAUUGUCAUACUGCAUGCUGAAAGUGUGUUAUACAUCUAUAAACCCUUCACAUACUGUAUGUUCAGAAUGCUUUACUCUAAAAUCGUGGUGUGAAUAUUUCAGACCAGAUACAUUUUAGCCUGCCUGAUCUUUGUUUUACUGCCCGUUCAUCUCUUAUUCUGAAACUGGAGGCAGUUUACCUGGGAAUUUUAAGUGGUGGACCAGUUUCUUUACGUAAUGGAAUUGAACUUCAGUUCAAUGGAAACAAUAAUGGCAACAAAAAAAUCCUGCCACUGCCAGCAGUUACAAUUAUGAAACAUGUCCUCCAUCAUCUUCACCAAUUAAACAGCGCACUGCACAUCGUUCCAAACACAGAAAUGGAGUGCCGUGAAGGCUUCUGAUAAUGUUUUUUAAUGACUUUGAAGGACAUGGUAAUUUCUGGAAGGAUGGGUGGGCUAUUUUUAAGACGGUGAGGCUGAGUUGAGCUGCAGUUUGCACACCAGGGGAACAGGGAAGAUGACCUUCAGUGUGCGGAUGAGAGGGAUACAGCAUGCUGCGGAGAGGGGGCGAAAGUUCCCGUUGACGCCUACCUUCUUUUUUUCUCAUCCUCCAGAGUUUGGCAUAUUGAUAGCUAAGAAGAUUUUAGGUCUGCUGAUGGCAGUGGAAGAUGAGGGAGGUUUUACAUGACAAAAGUUAAUGGCACAUCGGAUGACUAGACUCUGGAGGGCUGGAGGGGAAGUGGGAAAUGACAAUAAUCUGCCUUAGUGAAUCAGAGAGAGGUUUAAAACCAGGAUUAAGGGGAGAGAGCAUUACUGCUGCGGUGGGAGGCAUGCCCCUCCUCUCACUCUCUCGCUCUUUCUCCCUCUCCUUCUGUCUCUCAACAGCUCUCUCUUUUUCUCUCUCUCUCUGAUCUCUCUCACUUUCUCUCUCUCUGUCCUCAUCCCUCCAUCCACCCAUCCAGCAGUAGAAGACCUGAUUAUGUAUCCAGUACAGUUACAUAACGAUCCGGGCCGACGCACACAGCCCCAUUCUGAGCUCUCUUGAAGAACACUGCUAUCCUUAACAUGCUCUAAGCUCCUAAAGAGAGCCUCAGCAGACAGGAAAUCCAGCCGGAAACAAAAAGUGAGACAAAUAUCACAUGAUCUCUAAUGUUAACAAAAGCAAACCUUCUGUCAAGCACAUACACUAGCUAGGCUGUCACGACUAGCACAGUAACGGUCUGCAACUGGUGGGUGGGGGUUGUAUGAUCAGCUCCGAUUUUGAUUCGUGGUAGUAUUUCUAGAUUCCAUCUGUCUGUGUCUGUGUGUGUGUGUGUGUUUCUUUUUUCUUAAGCCGUACGUGACAAUGGACAUCCAAACUGGCAGCUCUGGUACUGCUAGAUCCGUGGCAGUAAGAUCCAUGUGAGAAGAUGCCGUAGGUUGGCCUCACCACACACACACACACAGGCAGGAAGGCAGGGAGGGCUGUUUCAUCUUACUGCUAGAUGAGUCAUUUGUUAUAUAUUCUUCAGAUGGCCAUUUAUUUAUUCCUCUGCCUCUUCUCCAUAGGUUCUGACUGUGAGUGUAAAUGUAGUGUACACUCCUGAACCACGGCUGGAUCGCCCUCAGGCUACAGAGGGUUUGGAAUCGUCCACAGUUCUAGAACUUUCUCUUGCUCUCUUUCUGCCACUCGCUCUCUCUCUAUUUCUUUGUCUCUCUCUCUCUAUCAUCUCUCUUUCUCUUUACAGUACAUAUCCAGGCCAGAAUAUACGUAGUAGGAGAUCAUCUCUUAUAGCAGUUCAUUGUGGGGUAAAUAGCCUAGUUUCUUUUUAUAGUAUUAGCGCAGAUAUUGAUUGCUUCAUCCAGUUUUUUUAAUAUACUCAAUAUACUACGAUCGGUUUUGCCUUUUAGCUAGAUCAUAAUGAAUAUUAUCAUAUUAACAGGGAGGACCUGAUCCUAGAUCGGCACAACUACUCUGAGGAGCUUUGUGAGUACGGGCCCUGGUCAGUGGAUUUGAUUGAACAGGGACUUGUUCUGGAUCAUAAAUGGUUUAGGUCUAAUCUCUGGGAGAUGUUGCCCAGCUCUUCCGGUCAACUAGUCAGCUCAGGCUGGUAAAAGGGAGAUUACUCUUGAUUUACCCAGAUUGAAUCAGAUUACAUCUAACAGAGCUCCUGCCUUCUCCAAGCAGUGCAUCAUUUACUGGUCUACAACACUAAGAUAAAUGUUACUGUACGUGAGUUACAGGGAAGGAAAAAUAUGUAUUUUCAAUAAUAUUUUUUGGGGGGAUGUGAGUUGUCAAGGGUGUUUUUCCUCCUUUUCCCAAAUGUGAUGAUGAGAAAUUCCCUAAUCCUCUUUAAUCCGUUUUGUAAUCCUUGUUCAUAAUCACUGUUUUAAUGUGGAAGUGAAAGCCAAGCAGGAGCCCAUAUUGACUAGGGAUAUAUUUGUUCAAAUAUACUGUGCUGGUAGCCUACAGUUUAAACCACUGUAUAGAACGAACGUUGUCCCAAAGUUAGACAGUGGUUUGUGUUCCGCUGACUGAUGGAUCUCUGACUCUCUCUCGCUCUCGCUCUCUCUCUCGCUCACACUAUCUGUCAGUCUGCUGAGCCUUCCACUGUCAGGAUUAUAGGUGGUCCACAGAUUAUUGCAUUUUAGACUUUCCAAGUUUUAUUCAGUGACACGAAAUGACUCCAAAAGGAUCUUUCUGCCACUUGUGUUGUGACUCAGGCAGAUGCCGAUGAAAUGUUCGCUGCAAUGCCACCCUGAUCUUUGACUGCUUAUGUGAGGAUAAUAUAAUGAAUACUGUCAUUGCUUAAUACACAAGCAUUGCUUUCUAAGCACCACAGAUACAACUAUUCAUUGUAGAAUUACAGGUAACUGCCUAAAUAAAGGAAACACUUUAGUAAAUGAGGGAUACAAAGUAUAUUGAAAGCAGGUGCUUCCACACAGGUGUGGUUCCUGAGUUAAUUAAGCAAUUAACAUCCUAUCAUGCUUAGGGUCAUGUAUAAAAAUGCCCAGUUGCCCAUUAUUUUGGCUACCAUGGCUAGAGGAAGAGAUCUCAGUGACUUUGAAAGAGGGGUCUCAAAGGAGCAUAGGGGUUUUAAGUGUGGCUCGCGGUGGCCCAACGCCAUAUUAAGACACUUUAUGUUGGUGUUUCCUUUAUUUUGGAAGUUACCUUUAAGUUCUUUUAUAAUUCAUUAUCUUGUUGAAGACGUAAGACGUGCGUAGUGUUAUUUGGGUAAGAUUUGGAGGAGAUAAAUAGUGGAUAAACUGGUUGCCGAGUGCGGCAUGAGGUAAAAUUGUGGGAUGCCAAAAACUUGAAAACCUCAUCCAACCGCACAUUUCCCCUCAGCAGCAUAUGGGUCUGGCGACAUCCCGCCAGGCUUUUCCACUCUACCCUGCCAAGCUAGUUCAAGAGUGACUCUCCAGCAGAGAUUCUAUUUGCAGAGAACACAAGGGCUUCCAAACAACUCCCAAUAAUCAUUCCCCCUUCUGUCAUUGUGGGAUUGAGAUACAAUUUAGACAUGUUCGCUUUUCUGUUUUGUUGGAAAUACAAUACUGUACAGAUGAUGGAUCUUAAUUUGAUCACCCUUUUGUUGCAGGAAAUGUCUUGCACGGCAGGAAAUGCAAAGUUGUAGUGUAUUCAAGGUUUAAAAAGGCUUCUAAAGUUUGUAAUUUCCACUUUAAAAUUUGACUUGAUUUCCCCUAACAACAAAAUCUGUUUUAACCCCUACAAAAAUGUACAUGAAUUAGAAUUCACACAAUAAUUCACAUUUCCUGUUGCUGCAGGAUUAUUUUCAUGCUGUGAGAAACGGAUACAUUUAAGAUCCAACAUCUGUACAUCCGAGCUGGUUGAAAUGCAACACUGAUUUGCUGUAAGAUCGUAAUUACGAAACACGCCUUUUCCCUAGGCUCUGACAGAUUUGUUGGAAGCAUUGGGCGUCACUUCCAGAGCUUUGUUGUCAUUUGGAAAACCUCUGACAUCUGGAAACCCCUCUUAAAUUGCUUUAAACCCUCUGACACUGGCAGCAUUAGCUCUCAUGCCUUCAUAGAGCCAGCAUUACCAAGCAGGGAGAGAGAGAGAGAGUCAGGAGUCAGGAGUGGGCAGGGUUUGUGCUGCUCACUGGGGAUCCACUGUGGAUUGGCAUCCGACUGUUGUUUUCAUGCUAAUCGAGUAUUGGCUGCGUAGUAGUAGAGCGAUGGCGGUUCUCCCGAGAGCAGCUCUCCACCUGGGGUAUUGAUGGAGCUAGUGCUUUACAUAAGCUCUGUGUAUGACUGCGAGCCCUCUUUGAGGCGUACUUAUGCCCAACAUCACCAUGGCUACAGCCCACAGUAGUGUGGAGUUGCACCCUCUUGCCUUCCCUGGUGGUUCUACAGAUCUAAACGGGGGAUAGUCGUGUUGGUUUACAGUGAAACGCUGAAGGUUUUCCACCAUGGGCUCUCUCUAUCCCUCGCACUGUGCAUUUUCCCAGUUGUUGGGGGCUGGGACAUAUGUACUGAUGUAAUGUUUAAAGGUAAACUCUGAAAUAUGACAUCAUACACAGCGGGGUGACUUACAGAAGGAAGUCAACAACAAAAUUAUAAUCUAACAAGAUUGCUACCAUUGGCUCUUCCCAUUAGUGGCAGCCUUGACAUAUUGUUGUUGUUCAUGAGCAGGAAGUUGCCCCACUAUGCAUGAUGGUGUCAUAUUGCUGAGUUAACGUACAGUAUAAUGAUUUCCUGUAUUCUUAUACCCACUACCCUGUUCUUCCCCCCUAGACGUUCCUUGUUCGAGGAUGCAAAGAUGUUUUUUGACGGCGAAACAGGAGUGCUGGAAGUCCCCUUGACAGUGGAAGUGGCCGAUCAGGUUUGUUGCACUGAUAAGCUCUAAACUUACAGGCAAGAAUUCAAUUGUGUUAUUUCAAAGUGCACAAAAAGUCAACAAUCUGUAUCAGUCAGCUACCACUGAUAUUAUCAGUUGAAAAUGUCGACAAAAGGGACACAGCCAGGGAUGCAGAGGGAAGCAAUUUGGGAGAUGAGUUUGCCUCAAAUACUGCAAAAACAGCUUUCGAAAGAUCCCAUUGUGGAAAUGUUCAAUAUGCGAUGAUUGAAUUCUGGCCGCAGUCUACAGUACGAGGUAUCAUACAGUACAACAGCCCCUCUCAAUCCACAGGGAAGCGUUGAGUAGCAAACCUGCAGGUCCCCAUGAAGGGCAGAAGCACAGAAGGUUUUAAAUUAACCCAUUUUAAUGGUAGCAAGCUAAAAUUAUCUACCACCCCAAGGCCUGCACUGUUCCAUGAGUGCUAAUGAGCCAAGCAUAAAGGUUAUUACAUGUUGUUUUACUGAAAAGGUCUCCAUAAUAUAAUUUGGAUUCUUUGUUUUCCCUGUUGUUUCCACUCAAUUUGAGCUCUUUUUUAAAAUAGAUUCAAAAUAUAUGAAAUUUUAUCACAGAAUAAAAUUAUAUUAUUUCUAUUCAGCUUUCAGUUGUGAAACGGUUACAUUCAGGGUGUUUGGCACGUAAACUGCUGAUCGGAUAAUACAACUGGAAAUCAUAAAGGGAUUAUUUUCAAGCACUGAUUUGUGAUGCUCCAGGGAUUAGUCUGGAUAUCCCAUAUGAAAAUAGUAAAGUCAAAAGUUUUAUGAAUUUAUAGUUAUCCAAGUGAAGUAUUAAGUAAGUACAUCAGGGAUUGUUAAAUUCCUUUCUACACGCACACACACACACACACACACACACACACACACACACACACACAGACUCAACAGCAGGGGUAACAGCAGACUCAAAUCCAACACACAAAACAGGCUCCGACCCAACACUCGUGCCACAUUUGUGCUGUGUUACCCAGUCAUCAAAUCCCCCAAACUGGCCAGCAGUCACACUCUUUCAGCCAAAUCAUCACCUUACCCACCCUGCCCCGCAUGCCCCCUCGCCCUUCUCUCAAACCCACACCCCUAUACUGGGGAGGAGCGUAGAGGAUUUGGAGGCAGUAAGUUCUCACAGAGCCAAAAGCAGGCCAGCAGGAUGUUCCUGCAGAGCCCCAAAGCUGUGCCCCCAGCCUUGAACCCUUAACCCUGGCUCCCCUCCAGGCCUCCCUCUCUGGCCACCAGGCCCUUUCUGGCCAGGAGAGGGCCCGUGCGGAAAGCGUGACCGGGUAAACAAGGAAAUCUGCCGCACCCAGAUACGGCUGAGGACAUUAAUACAUGAACAGGAACGCUGCUCUCAGGACAACAGAUUGUGUUUGUUAUGAAACUAAACUACUUGUUCCACCUGGGUCACUAAUGGAUUUGCUUUUAUUCUAUUACUUUAGGUGCACUUGAUUUAGCUUUCCCGGUGGGCUUUGUGGGCAGGGUUUUCACUUUUCUGACUAUUUUGUUGUUUUAAUUGUGCCAGGCGAGCUAAAUCAAGUGCACCUAUUGGGAUUGAAACACAUACAUAUUUGCCCAUAGAAUUCUAUUUAUAGGUCCCAUGACUGCUUAAAUGAAUAAGCAUCAUAAAAAGCCUCUAGAUACAAGUUGAAGUUCCAAAUGUGAGUUAUGCAGAGUCUUUUUGCGCACGGCACGGUUGUUUUGCAAAUAAAAGACAUUGACCGCAUAGGAUAUUACAAAACAGAACAGAAAUAAGGCAGAAAUACUCUAAGAAUUUUUUCCUUUCACUGGGCUUUCAGGUCCGGCCUGUUCCCUUCACGGUCCAUGCAGUCAUCACCUCCUCCGACCUGUGCUUUGACCGGACAGAGGUGGACUUUGGCCACUGCUCCAUCUACGAAUCAGUGAAGACCAGCGUGCGCCUCACGAACCUCGCCCUCCUGCCCCAGGACUUUGGCUUUCUGGGCAUACCUCAGGUACGGCCUCCAUCUACCUGAUGGACAGCAUCCCUAUGGACUGACCUUUGACCUAAUUUCCUACUGUUUGCAUCUCUAUAGUCCACUAUUCCACCUUGGCUAAAUCAAGUCAUCAUCAUAAAACAUCAAUAGGAGACACUUCUGUUUAUUCAUUUGGACUCUACUGGUUUUGUUCUGAUGUGCCAGUUUGGCCUAUGCUGUACUCUCCAGCAAGGGAUAUCUGACAAUUGAAUUAUAAUUAAUUAUAUUUCGAUGUAUUUGACUCUGUGUCUGCUGUUAUAUUUGUGGCUUUAGACCUUUAUGAUCUCACCUAAACCUAUCCUGAAUAGCUCAUCCGGCCCUAUGGAGGUUUUCUGGUUUCAGUCAGUCAGGACUAAGGACAAAACCGUGUUUGGAUGGCCUGAGCAGUUGAGCAGUGUUUUUCUCCUCCUAGUUUGUGGAGGUCCAGCCCAACGACGGCUUUGGCACUCUCCUCCCAUUGGAAACCUUGGAGGUGGAUCUGAUCUUUAGUGCCAAGAAGGCAGGAGAGUACAGCUUUCAGCUCAACUGCAAAUCCGGAAUUAACAGGUAAUCAAGGUUUUGUACCUUCCUACACCUUGUCCUGUCACGAAAUUGAGCGCUAUCAAGUAUAUUUCACUGCAUUACUUUUAAUGUGUUUUAUUUGUGUUUUCCCCCAUGGUUGCUAUAGAGACUUCCCCCUGUCAUGUCAUGCGGUCGGGGUACACCCUCCGCUAGAGCUGUCUCACUCUCUGGUCCAGUUCGGCGGCACGGCGGUCGGUGACUGUUCCACAGCCGUGCUGCACGUGGUCAACGCACACACCAGCCGCAACGAGUUCACACACCCUGUGCCCCGCAUAGGCCGGGACCCCGUUGUCCCAGUGGGCCCCCGGCUGUUCGCCUUCACUCCCCCCGAAAACACAGAGAUUAGCCUCACCCCCAGGACAGGCCGGGUCUUACCUGGACAGGUAAUCUACCAACAAGCAGUGUGCUUCCACUUUACUUGAACACUUUGUCAUGAGGCCUAGCAUAUUAUGUAGUUUCUCUAUUCUAUUCCAUUCCAGUGUAUACUCUGUCCUGAUGACUGCAUUGUUUAUUUAUGUUACCUUUAUUUAACCAUUGAGAACACAUUUUAUUUUGCAAUAAUAACCUGACUGGUCACAUCAUUAGGUAAUUGACUGGUUCGUUACUCUGUUCCCAGAGGUGCCUGGUGCAGGUGACAUUCAGGCCCAGGCUGUGUGACCAGGUCAUCAGGGAGGAGGCGGUGCGGCUGCUGUGUCGCUCCGAGGAGCUGCGCCUCCACGAGCUGGAGAGGGUUACCAAGGCCGAGGGCAACAGGAAGGGAGGGGAGCAGGAGGGGCCGGUAAGCCUCAAUCACUGGAGUCACUCCAUCCUCCUCAUAAAAGUUGGAUGAGUCUGCCUGGUCAAUAUUGUAUGCUUAGCACAAAGACUGGAAGUCAUUGUGCUAACGCUAGUUAGCAAUUGUGCUAACGCUAGUUAGCAAUUGUGCUAACGCUAGAUAGCAACUUCCUUAAAACUGCACGCAGAGACAUAGAAAUGGUGUCCACGACUUCAUCUGACUCUGGGGAAGUAGAUAAAAGACCUCAUUACCAAAACAUCCCGAACUAUCCUUUUAAUGUUAUCUUGCCGCCAUGUGUUUGACUUUGACCGUGUGUGUGUUCGUAUGUGCGCGCACAUUCGCGCACUUGUGUGUGCACAUUAUUGUUAAUGUGUACUGUAUGUGUGUGCUGACUCAGUGUAAAAGGGAGGCCCCUGCAGCCCCCCAGAAAGGCAAGAAGCCGCCCCCUACCCGGCCCCAGGCGAAGCAAGCCCUGAAGGAGAAGAUCAGCAAAGUGUCCAUCAGCCCUAAAACAGACAGCCCCUUCAGAGCCCCCAACCCAGCUGACAUACAGUCAGGGUACAGCUCAUCUACACCACCACAACUAUCACUUAGAUACCAUGCAUACAUUAAUUCUUAUACCAUGGCAUCAUUGUUGAAUACUUGUUUCUGAUUGGCUUGAAGGGCAUUCUAGAGCGUGCAUUGUUUCCCUAUAACACACAGUAUAUCAGCAUGGUAUUCAAUGGCUAUAGUUCAUUCUUCUUAUUAUUUUUUAUUAUUUCUAUUGAAUUUUAUUGAAUUUUAAAACAUACAAUCUACCUGCAGUGAAGCCGCUCAACAUUACAUUGCAUUGUCAUCCAGCAGACACUCCCAUCAUAUAGUUAAUUCUUACAUGUUCUAUGAGCUGCUUUUUAAAGCAAAAGUCGAAUUGAAAACAUUAUUGGCAUUGUUGAAUUAGAUUUUCAUAAUAGCAAGCUAGGACUAAUGGUUGGGUUAGCUAAACUAGUAUGUUUGUUUGGUUACCAAGGCAACUACUGUAGCUAUCUAGUAAACUUGCUAGCUACUUCAGUGGAUGUUGAACACAUUUCUACUUUCAAAUUAACACAUCUCUAGUGGCAAAUGUGUUUAAUUAUAGCCAUGGUAUAGAAUUGAUAAUCAACUCGGGGCUCUAUGCGUUCUCUGGAAAAUAAUGCAACUGCGUGGAAGGUCAGCUAGCGCGUCGUGGAACACACCUUCCACGUCGUUGAUUAUUUUCCAUAGAACGAAUAGAGCCCCUCAUUGAUUAUCACAUAUUUCAGUGACAAAUCAAAAACGUACCAUAAAUGUUUACUUAAUGCUGAGGUAAACUUCCUCCUAAAAGCUUUCUAUGUUAAAGAGUACGAAACUUAGGCAGAGGUUAAUUGCAAGCAACACACUCUACUGAAAUAUAUAUGACAUCAUUACAUUUAACCAUCUGCUUCACACCUUGCACUGCGUUUAGUGCAUUUACUUUUUAGCGUUUAUUGAGUCAUGUAUUUUGUCUUCUCUAUGAAAUAAUGACUGUUAAAGGCAUUGGGCAUAAUCCUAAGCAACACACAUUCGAAGACACAACUGAUUUUUGCCCAAAUCAUCCAUUUAUGUCAAUGGGAUUUGUCAGGAAAAAUGUAAUCAAGAUAUGUUUAGGGUUAGGAUUGCGUCCAUAGUUAGUGUUGUUUAUUCCCAGGUCUGAGGAGUACGCUGCAGGCAGGAACUCCCUCCUGCACUCCUUCCCUAAGCACUACAGUCGCUAUGUCAUCCCUUGCUUCGUGUCUGACAGAGACCCACCCCAGAGUGACCCCCAGGCCCAGCCAUCCUACAGGUAGGAUACUGUACAGACUACAACUCCAUGCAGAUCCUAUAUACAAUAUCAACCUUAUUUUCAUUUUUAUGUGCUGCAGCCCCCCCAAUUAUUAAUUACAUGAAUCAAUUACACACAUUCAUUUAGUGGGGAUAAUGUGGAGAGAACAGGUUGAAGUGUUUUCCCACUGCCUCUGUUGUUGUAAUGCUGACGAGCCAUCCUCUGUCCCAGCAGCCCCCUCAACACGCUGUACUUGGAGCUGCAUUGCCCAGCUGUCAGGCCCCCUCUAGUUGUCACGUCCAGUAACGGCCAGACCACCAUCAACUACAACCAGGUGGCUGUGGGUCAGUCCAUUCAAAUGUAUUCUUCUGACCAGAGCUGGGUUCAAAUACUAUUUGAAAUCUUUCGAAUACUUUGAGUGUUUGCUUAAGCCUGCAUGGAGUGCCAGAUGGACAGAGUUUGUGGUUUUGGGACAAUUGUAUUGGUUCAUUAAUAUUUUGAGUUCAAUCAAGGACAGAUAAUAAGUAGUAUUUGAACCCAGGUCUGAUUCUGACAUUGGAAGUUUUUUCCCUAUUUGCCCUUGCCUGUGACUAUAUCGCUACUUAUGUCAACUCUGUGUUUCUUUUGUUCACUUAGGUCAGAAAGUGGUCAAAAAGCUCACUGUUCAGAAUAUUUCUCAGGAAGCCUUGGAGGUAUCCUUUUCUGGGUCACAACAUGCACAAACGACCUAGAUCGCCAGAGUGUGAUUAUCUGUGGUUAUGUGAGAAAAGUCAGUAGCGUUUACUCAUGAAUCUUUACCACCGCAGAAUUUCUACCACCAGUUUUUCUAAGACAAAAACUGCAUGGUGCUAAGAAUGAAAAACUAUUUCCGUUCUAAUAACAUGUUGACAUUCUGAGUAUGAUGCAUGCAUCAAUCCACUUGAUUUAUUAUUUAAUUGGUUUUCAACGAUAAAGUGGUAGAUUUAUAAAAAGCUGUUAUGAAUAAGCCUCAGUCUUUCUCUAUGUACUGGUUGAAAGGUGCUGAUAUAGCCUGUAUAAAAAAACGAUAUAACAUCACAUGGCCCAUUGUGUCAUUGAUACACCUAGUGUAUAUAGCUAGUAUAGUAUGAUAUAGCUUUAAGGCUAAUCUACAGUCGUGGUCAAAAGAUUUGAGAAGGACACUAGUAUUGGUCUACACAAAGUUUGCUGCUUCAGUGUUUUUAGAUAUUUUUGUCAGAUGUUACUAUGGUAUACUGAAGUAUAAUUACAACCAUUCCAUAAGUGUCAAAGGCUUUUAUUGACAAUUACAUUAAGUUUAUGCAAAGAGUCAAUAUUUGCAGUGUUGACCCUUCUUUUUCAAGACCUCUGCAAUCUGCCCUGGCAUGCUGUCAAUUAACUUCUGGGCCACAUCCUGACUGAUGGCAGCCCAUUCUUGCAUAAUCAAUGCUUGGAGUUUAUCAGAAUUUGUGGGUUUUUGUUUGUCCACCCGCCUCUUGAGGAUUGACCACAAGUUCUCAAUGGGAUUAAGGUCUGGGGAGUUUCCUGGCCAUGGACCAAAAAUGUUGAUGUUUUGUUCCCCGAGCCACUUAGUUAUCACUUUUGCCUUAUGGCAAGGUGCUCCAUCAUGCUGGAAAAGGCAUUGUUCGUCACCAAACUGUUCUUGGAUGGUUGGGAGAAGUUACUCUCAGAGGAUGUGUUGGGACCAUUCUUUAUUCAUGGCUGUGUUCUUAGGCAAAAUUGUGAGUGAGCCCACUCCCUUGGCUGAGAAGCAACCCCACACAUGAAUGGUCUCAGGAUGCUUUACUGUUGGCAUGACACAGGACUGAUGGUAGCGCUCACCUUGUCUUCUCCGGACAAGCUUUUUUCCGGAUGCCCCAAACAAUCGGAAAGGGGAUUCAUCAGAGAAAAUGUCUUUACCCCAGUCCUCAGCAGUCCAAUCCCUGUACCUUUUGCAGAAUAUCAGUCUGUCCCUGAUGUUUUUCCUGGAGAGAAGUGUCUUGCUCGCUGCCCUUGACACCAGGCCAUCCUCAAAGUCUUCGCCUCACUGUGCGUGCUGAUGCACUCACACCUGCCUGCUGCCAUUCCUGAGCAAGCUCUGCACUGUUGGUGCCCCGAUCCCACAGCUGAAUCAACUUUAGGAGACGGUCAUGGCGCUUGCUGGACUUUCUUGGGCGCCCUGAAGCCUUCUUCUCAACAAUUGAACCUCUCUCCUUGAUCCGAUAAAUGGUUGAUUUAGGUGCAAUCUUACUAGCAGCAAUAUCCUUGCCUGUGAAGGCCUUUUUGUGCAAAGCAAUGAUGAUGACACGUGUUUCCUUGCAGGUAACCAUGGUUAACAGAGGAAGAACAAUGAUUUCAAGCACCACCCUCUUUUUAAAGCUUCCAGUCUGUUAUUCUAACUCAAUCAGCAUGACAGAGUGAUCUCCAGCCUUGUCCUCGUCAACACUCUCACCUGUGUUAACGAGAGAAUCACUGACAUGAUGUCAGCUGGUCCUUUUGUGUAAGGGCUGAAAUGCAGUGGAAAUGUUUUUGGGGGAUUAAGUUAAUUUUCAUGGCAAAUAGGGACUUUGCAAUUAAUUGCAAUUCAUCUGAUCACUCUUCAUAACAUUCUGGAGUAGAUGCAAAUUGCCAUCAUAAAAACUGAGGCAGCAGACUUUGUGAAAAUUAAUAUUUGUGUCAUUCUCAAAACUUUUGACCACAACUGUAGACACAUCAGACCUAGAAACCAGAGGUUAUACAGUAUUCAGUGAGGUGAAACAGAUUAUGAAUAGAACUGACAUGAUUCCCUGUUUUACAUGCGGACAAUCAUAUCUGUUCCACAGAUCCACUGGUUGAAAGAUUGCAUAAUUGAAAGUUUGAUUUUACUAUUACUUUUAAAAAAAUUGGCUUUGGGGAUGAUGCAAUAAAACACGUUUUACACUUGAUCUGAGAAAACACUUGCAGAACAGUGACACAAGAGUAUCUGUACACAAUACAUUUCACCCAUUGCACCGUCCUGAACAGGUCCCUUAGAAGGUAGGAUUCAAACAUUGCUGUUACCUGACUACUCUUCUUUAACCCUUUGCCAAGCUGAGGUCCUCAGUGCUGGACCUGAGUGGUCCAUUCUCCCUCCUCAACGCUCUGCGACGGCUGGGUCCUGGAGCCACACACACAUUGUUACUGGCCUUCACACCCGUACUGGGGAAAAGGGUGGGUCAAUUGCACUUAAUGGACCUGAAAACAAACACGCACACACACAGACACUCUCCCUCACACGCCACAUGCGCACGCACACACACACACAUGCUGUGUUCCCUAUGACUGAUGCUGUGGCUCCUUUCACAGUACCGUGAGACUGUGGAGAUCCACAGCCCAAACAUGACCCUGGAGGUCACGCUGUGCGGGGUGGGAGUGGAUCCCCUCGUCACCUCCUCCCACCAGGGUGGCCUCAUGGACUUUGGCUACUUGUUGGAGAAGGAGAGAGCCUCCCAGGUCUUUAAGGUCAGUUAGCCAGCAGCAACUAGCACCUUGUCCAGGGGGGUGUACUUGUAGAUCAAGCUGCCUCAAGCUACAGAAACAGGAGAGAGGCUAGUUCGGACUAGGCUUACUUUGUGUACUUAUACAGCAGCAGGUUACUUAGCCUGUACUGCACCUGAUGCCAUGUCAAUGAAGUUGUGAUAUUGAAAGCUGUGUUCUCUGUCUUCAGCUGCAGAACACGUCGUCUCUGGCGGUGCGCUUCUCUGUGCUGCUGGAUAGCCUGUCGCUGGGGUGUAAAGCCCAGAGUGGAGCAGACUGCCUCCCUGCCCUCCUCAGCCCAGGCCCAGAGGAACAGACACACCCCACUGUGGGUAAGACCUGUCCGUCCGACCUAGGUCCACAUCUCUCACUCAGAACUAGGGGCUAAUGCCAUGAGCUGUUGCAGUCUCUGUAGUUAGUGUUAGCUAUCAUUUGUUGGAGAAAAAAAAUCUAGCGUUUUCUGAUGCAGCAUUAUAUUAAAUCUAAUUAUGUUUAAUUAUUUCUGAAGCUUACGUUGUUAAAUGAAUUAAUAAUCUUGGUUUCUUUCUCUCCCACCUCCCCGUGGCCAGGGACCCAGAACUACAGUGGUCGGAGUGUGUUCAGUGUGACGCCCAUAGAGGGCACCAUCGCCCCAGGAAAGAGCCAGGACAUCACUGUGACCUUCCUGCCAGACCACGAGAGCCUCCACUACUCGGACAGACUGAAGGUGGAGCUCAUGAACAAGGUACCACAGAAUCAUCCAGCUUUCAUGACAUAGUGGCUGCAUCUUAAAUGGCACCCUUCUCCCUAUAUAUUCCAUAUAUAGUGCACUACUUUUGCUCUAACACCCUGCCACUCCUUGUCUUAGAGCACAGUGUGUGUCAUGGUGCUGAAGGGUGCAGCUCGCUCUCACAUCAUGUACCUAUGUGGAGGAGACCCGCUGGCAGUGCCCACUGAUGCCGUCCACCCUCUGCCAGCCUCCGGGGACUCUGAGCUCACAGGUCUCUCUCUCACUCACUCACUACAUCAGUCAUCGGCUUCAUCAAUGACGUCGUCCCCACAGUGACCCUACAUACAUACCCCAACCAGAAGCCAUGGAUUACAGGCAAGAGCUGAUCGAAUGCUACUAUGCCGGCUCUGACGCUCGACGGAUGUGGCAGGGCUUACAAACUAUCACAGAUUACAAAGGGAAACCCAUCCGCGGGUUGCCCAGCAAUGCAAGCCUACAGACGAGCUAAAUGCCUUCUAUGCUUGCUUCUAGGCAAGCAACACUAAACCAUGCAUGAGUACUAGCUGUUCCGGACAGCUGUGUAAUCACGCUCUCCGUAGCCGAUGUGAGUAAGACCUUUAAACAGGUUAAUAUUCAGACGGAUUACCAGGAUGCAUACAGAGCAUGCGCUGACCAGCUGGCAAGUGUCUUCACUGACAAUUUCAAUCUCUCCCUGACCCAGUCUGUAAUACCUACAUGUUUCAAGCAGACCACCAUAGUCCCUGUGCCCAAGAACGCCAAGGUAACCUGUCUAAAUGACUGUCUCCCCGUAAAACUCACAUCUAUAGCCAUGAAAUGCUACCACAAGGUCUGGAACGAACAGGACCCUGAACAUCUUCUACCCCCAAGCUAAACAAGACUGCUAAAUAGCUAAUAAAUUGGCUACCCGGACUACCUGCAUUGACCCUUUUUUGCACUAACUCUCUUGCACUGACUAUGCACACACACUGGACUCUACCCACACACUCCCACAUACUCAUACUGACACCCCAACACACACACACAACAUACGCCCACACACACACAACAUGUGCACACACUUUCUCACACACUUUCUCACACACACACACACACACAACAUACGCCCACACACACAUAACAUGUGCACACACACUUUCUCACACACACACACACACUUUCACACGCUGCUGCUACCUGUCUAUUAUCUAUCCUGUUGCCUAGUCACUUUACCCCUACCUAUAUGUACAUAGCUACCUCAAGUACCUCAUACCCCUGCACAUCGACUCGGUACUGGUACUCCCUGUAUAUAGCCAUGUUAUUUUUACUUGUUAUUGUUAUUUGUUAUUCACUGGUAUUUAUUCCUCAUGUCACUAUAUAUUUUGUUUUAAUGAGUUAAUCUUUAACUCUGCAUUGUUGCAAAAGGACCCCUAAGUAAGCAUUUCGCUGUUAGUCUACUGUCUGUUGUUUACGAAGCAUGUGACAAAUAUAAUUGUAUUAGAUUUUUGAUUUGUUCUCUUCUCCCUGUAGUAGACUGUGAGAAGCCCCCUCUGCCUGUGCUGCUCACCCUCAGAGGGGUCUACAGAGAGGGGGCCAUGAGCCCAGCGGUCAGAGAGCUGGAGGUGGGCUGCAUCUGCUCCACACAGCCUGUGGCCAAGAAGGUAGGCUAAUGCUAACGCUAAUACUUAUACUAAUGCUGUUCAUUACAAUUCAAAGACAAGGGGGUAGACUUCUUCUGGAGACUUUUGGCUACAACAUCCUCACUUUAAAUAAAGUAAACACACACACAUGCACACGACCAGGGUCACAGCUAGCUCACUGGUUGCAGCAGCAGCAGCCUUACAAACAGGGUGAAAUCGGUUUUAAAUAACAUCAUUACAAACAGGUAAAAAUGUGGUUGAAAUUAUGUCAUUAUAAACAGGUUGGAAUCUUGUUGAAAUUACAUCAUUACGAAACAGGUUGAAAUCUGGAUUAAAUAACGUCAUUACAAACAGGUUGAAAUCUGGUUAAAAUAAUGUAGUUACAAACAGCUUGAAAUCUUAUUUAAAUAACAUAAUUAAAACAGAUUGAAAUCUAGUUGAAAUAACGUCAUUAGGAUGAGUUCAGAUUCAUUUGGAGAUCCUAACAUUGGCUGCGGCCCGAUUUUCUCCCUGUCUUCCCAAAGUGUGUACCACUCCCCUCAUUCACUCCCUCUCAUGGAUUCAAAAGCAGUGGAUUCGUGUAAGCGUGGGCUAGGGAGUUAGUUUCCACCAUAUUUCUGACAAAGAUCCCAUGCUUUUAAUUCCAUGAGAUGGAGUGAGCAACUGAACAUUUAGGGGAGAAGAGUAUACAAUCGGACCGCAUGACCACAACACGACUUCUCCUCCCUCUCCUCUCUACUUCUGUGUUGACCUUACCUAUGUUGUGAAAUUUGCCCUCCCCCGUCCAUGUCCAGAACGUGGAGUUCAGCUGGGAGGGGCUUCAGGCGCUGCAACAGAGGGGCUUCAGUGUGGAGCCGACCAGGGGCACGGUGGACGCCGGCCACAGACGCACCAUCACUGUGAUCUGGACUCCUCCUAGUGGCCUUAAGGUGCGACAGCCGUCUCAAAGCCUCAUCAUGAAUGCACCGUAUACGUGGGGUUGGGUUUAGUUCAAUUCAUCCAUUGAAAAUAAUCUCAUGAGGAAAAUGUGGCUGAAAGUUUUUCAAUUCAUGAAUUGAAUUGGCAUUAAUCUCCUGAAUGGACAGAUCUAGAAUGGUGUUUAUCCAUACCAUUACCUGUACUUUAGGACAGUGUUUCUCAAGGUGGCCACAUUUUUGUUCUAGCCCAGCAGCAAUUCCACACCGGAUUCAAUUUAUGAACUCAUCACCAAGCCCUUGAUUAGUUGAAUCAGGUGUGUUAGCUCUGGGUUAUAACAAAAAUGUGCACACUCUAGUGGUCCCCCGGGAAUGGAUUGAGAAACACUGCUCUGUUGUGCAGUAUAGUGUAAUGUUCGCCACCCAUUCAGAUAUAUUAUCAAUCAGGGUAACUAACCUGAUACAGUUUAACAACCAGCUAAUUAUUAGAAUCAGAUGUGCUAGGUUAGGGUUGGAGUGACAACCUACAGUACGGUAGCUUUCCACAUCCAGAGUGGAGAGCCCUGUACUAGACACCGCAAGCUGUCAAGGUAUUCUGUAUAAUAGAGUUUUAGUUAUUUCACUCCCUUAGAUAUGCAUAGGAUGGUCGUUUUUUGUUUUGACAUACUUCAGUCACCAAAGAAAAUUUGCAAAUCAAGUGAAGCCAUAACUGCAUACAAAAAGAGUCCAUAUGUAUUACAAAGUCUCAGUGUGAAGAGAACGUACAAACUACACUUCCUGUUCCUUCAUGUGGCUUUCUACAUUACUAAAUGUAUAUUUUCCUCUUAUUGUAUUUGCACAUGCACUGUAUAUCCUCCACUGAUUGUUGAUUUAAAUCUGAUCGUGUGUGUCUGUGUCGGUGUGUGCGUCUGUAUGUGUGAUUUCAGCCGAAUGAGGUGGUGCAGGUGUGUGCGCCCCUCACCCUGAGAGGAGACGAGACAGAGGUAUACAGUGUCACCCUGCUGGCCUUGGCAUCCAGAGCCAGUCAAGAGCCUUCACAAACAUAG